AUGGGCGUUCGGCACUUGCGCCAACGUCUCUUUCCCGACGAGACAAACCCGACGCUGAUCAAGACGUAUCCCGUUCGGCCACGUCUGCCCGUCAGGAUCUUCUUCCCAAAGUCCUACGACAGGACUUCUCCUCAACAACUCCCGCUCUUGUUUUCCAUCCACGGCGGAGGUUUUGUCCUCGGUGAACCCUCCGACAAUGAUCCAUGGAACUCCAGCUUCUCCGAGAAGCACAAGGCCCUCGUCGUUGCCCUCCAUUACGCCAAAGCCCCAGCGAACCACUACCCUGGGCCGCGCGUCGAUUUGGAGGCCCUCAUAGCUGCCGUCUUUGCCGACCAGGAACUCGCUGCCCAUAUCAAUCCCGACAAGGUGGGCAUCACGGGCUUCUCGGCCGGCGGCAACCUGGCCUUGACCGUCAGCGAGGUGCCCGCCGUUCGGGACAGGAUCACUGCAGGCGUUGUUCCCAUUUAUCCCGUCACGGACUUUGCCACUUCUCCCGAUGCCAAGAGGGCCACGAGGAGGUACAAGCCCAAACUAUUGGGCUCAAGGGCUAGCGAAAAGGACCCUCUGCACGGGAUUGCUGCUCUAUUUGACUGGGCCUAUAUCCCUGUCGGGCAGGAUCUACGUGAUCCGCUGCUGUCGCCCUUGUACGCAGAGCGCGCCAGUCUGCCCCGCCGGAUCUGGGUCAUAGGGUGCGAACUCGACAUGCUCGGCCACGAGGGCUUGAGGACAGCCUGCCGCCUGGCCGGCAAGCCCGAGCCCGGGAUGGACCAACGCAUCGGUCAAGAGGAGCUGGCAGCUGGGGGCGCGCUGGGGACGCUCAUCACCGAGGGGGACGAGAGGUUCACCUGGGAGGUCAAGGACCAGCACGGCGAGGUCAAGUGGCUGUGCGUACCUGACGCCGGGCAUGGGUUUGAUAUGGAUGGAGGGUUGGGUGCUGACAAGGAGGCGGCCGAGGACGGGAGGUUAAAGAGAGAGGCUUUGGUUGAGAGGACGGGAGUCUGGCUCUUUGGUGAGUCUUGA